UUAUGGCACUUUACAAGUCCGCUGACAGAGUAUUAUUCAUCAACUGUUGAACUCAGAAAUAACAUGUUUAUUUAUUUGUCUAUUACCGGUUUCCAUUUUGUUAUUUGUUUUUUCAUAUAAAUAAUUCUGUAUUUUUAAUGGAAUUUUAAAACUAGGAUGGAAUAUAAAAAAAAUUUAUUGGAAAAUGUGCAUUUCGGUUUGAAACUACCUGCUAAUGAAUCACAAUCUUCUCUGAUUCGCGGGAACUACCUUUAUUACCAUUACAAAUGUGAUGGUUUCAAUGAUGUGGGCUGGGGUUGUGGUUACAGAACAUUGCAAACAAUUUGUUCUUGGGUAAAAAAUCAUUUUGACAUUCAAGAUAGCAAAUCAGCUCCAGAGGUACCAUCUAUAAUUGAACUGCAGAAAGCUCUGGUUGAGAUUGGUGACAAAAAUGUCUCAUUCAUAGAGUCAAGGGAAUGGAUUGGAAGUGUAGAAGUUUCAUAUUGUCUGGAUUAUUUUUACAAGAUUCCAUGCAGAAUAUUGCAUUGCAGAAAUAUCCAAGAAUUGCAAAAACAUGGAAGUGACAUCUUUGAUCAUUUUAUACAGCAUGGAAGCCCUGUUAUGAUGGGUGGAGAUAGAGACUGUUCAUCAAAAGGAAUAUUAGGUAUUGCUGAGACAAAUGAUGGAACUUUUCUCCUAAUACUGGAUCCUCAUUUUUCUGGACCGUCUGCAACUCAAGAAAAAUUACAAAAAGAAGGUUGGAUAAAAUGGCAUAAAGUAAAUGAUUUAGAUUCAAGUUCUUUUUAUAAUCUGUGUUUUCCAUUAAUAAACAUUUAAAUCUUCUAUAUUAUGAUUUCACAUUAUAUUCCUAAACUUUUUUUUUUCUUCAUAUUGCAAAUAUGACUAUAAAGAAAAGAUGCA